AUGACCGAGAGAGCUCUGGCUCAUGCUCCCAUUUACAACUGGGAUGAUUCGUCAUCGACCACUCAUAAACCAUCGUUUCUUGAGCGCAUUGCAGAACAAGGAACAGAACCCAAAUUUUGGAGAAGACAAAACAUUCUUGUUCCGGGAACCACCAUUAAAAUCAGUUCCGAGGUGAAAACUGUAAAUUUGUUGUCGAGCGAACAAGUCAAAUCGAUAUUGGAUGAAGAGAGAAAAAAGAAGGAGGCAUACAAACAGAAGAUGGAGGAAGAAGGAAGUUAUUACGACUCUGAUUAUUGUGAUUAUGACGAUGAUGAAGAAGCACAGACCGAUAGCGAUGGUGAAAAGCCAACGGAAGAAGUUGAAAAUCAUGAUCGUUGUAUUUAUAUUGGAUCUUUGCUCAGCUCAAAGGAAUGUACUGACCUUAUUGAAGCGACAUCACAAUUGGGUUAUCAGUCCAUUGAGAACGAAUAUCCCAAAGAGUACAGAAAUUCAGAACGAGUUCUAGUGCUGAGUAAGAAAUUGGCUGACAUCUUGUGGCAGAGAAUUCAACCAUUUUUGACUGCUGAAGAUUUCAAAGACGUUCGUCCUUAUGGAUUCGAUAAUGCAGGUACUUGGAAACCUAUUGGCAUCAACGAAUGUCUUCGCUUCAAUAGAUACAAACAGAAUGCUUUUUUCAAGCCUCAUCAAGAUGCCAAAUUUAUUAGAAAUGAUAACGAGCAGAGUAUUUUCACCAUACUGGUAUAUUUAGAUUCAAGUUAUGCAGGAACAACCUUGUUGAAAAAAGUACCAGAUCCACAAGAAAAAGAUGUAUCUAUUAUGAAAUUCAAGAAGAUUACCACGUUACGACCUAAAGAAGGUGCGGUUGCAAUAUUUAACCACGAUUUAUAUCAUGCUGGUCAAAGAGUCAGGUAUGGACGCAAGUAUGUCCUCAGAACGGAGUUGAUCUUUAAACGUGUUGAUUCUGAAAGUAUUUUCCGUAUGAACUACAAGCACGAUGAAGAAUACUUGAGAAUUAAAAAGUUAGUGGACGAGAGCAAUGAACUCGAAAAACAAGGCAAGGUAUUAGAGUCUUCACAAAAGUACUUGGAAGCUCACGAGCUACACACUUCCAUUUCUCACUCUUUGCAAAGAAAGAAAACAAGAAACUCAAGUUUCAUUGAAACAGUUCUACCUGAAGAGAUUUUUGCGGCCAUUUUCAGUUAUUUACCGAUCGAGGAUGUGGUUAAGAAUGUUUUGUAUUUGAAUCGAGAUAUUAAUUCAUAUGCAAGAUCGCCCUCGUUAUGGAAGCGCUUUUAUGCUCUCAAGUGGGCUCCUAUUGUGAAAUCAUGCUGUGUUGCAAAACGUAGCCAAUACACAUACUAUUUCAGUGACAGUGAUCCAAGCGAAUGUCUUCAAGAUGUGUAUAGUAAGGAGAAUGAGCUUAUUGAGGCAUUGGAAGCUGAUUUUCGUGAGAAUGAUCAAGACAAAUACAAGGACUGGUAUCAUGCCUUCAUUUCAAGAGCGAAUAUGGAAAAGUUCUUUUGUCCAGUUUUGUUGGACUUGGGUGUGUCUCAUUAUCGUUAUGGACUUUCUAAAGACACAUGCUUUUGGACCAGUAGAACAAGUGCUGGUAAGCCUGAUCAUCCUCACUUUUAUUUGAAUCAGUAUGGGUUUGAUGACUUUGUCGUUGGAGAGAGAUAUCUUGCCACAGCAUACCAUUGUGAACGAUUGAAUAUUUUAACUUCAACAGGUGAGAUUGAGGAUUCCAAUCUCUUGAAGAUUUUGAUUUAUCAGAUGUACAAGGAUGACCUUAAUAUUAAUUUGAAGGAACAUCCAUUAGUGAUUUGUACACCAAUGAGCUGGUCUGACAGUGAUAAGGAUAGGAUCAAGUCUGAUGUGUUCUCAUUGGGAAUUCCAGGAAUUUGUUUUGUAGACCAAAGCAAAAUGCUUUCACUCUUUUACCAAACACCCACCUUCUUUAGAAUUAAUGUUGGGCCUUCUGGAGUCAGAUGUGUAUCAGUCAUUGAUGGUCAGCCUCAAAAUAACAAUUCUGUAUUCCAUUAUCCUCCUGUGCAAGAAAAGUAUAUGCAAUUAGCAGAGAAGUUUUAUUAUUAUGAUAAUAGAGGUUAUUACUGGCCAACAAAAUUUACAGAGCUAGCUCUAGUUGCGCCAGUCGACAAAGCUAGAAAUCCAAAGCAAUACGACGAAUUUGUAAGAGAACACCAGUCAUACAAUAUUGGAAGCUACUACUCACCUAAAGAGAUUUCUCCAAGGGAGCGAGCGGCUCUUGGUGAUUGGUAUUAUGAGGAAAUUAUGUCAUGUGUUAAGAAAGCCAUCUCUACAAUUCAAACUUGUGAAGAUUAUUCAAAACAAGAGCGUGACCAGGUUUUAUCGAACGUCAUGAUUACAGGUGGUGGAGCAAUGAUUCAUGGCAUGGCUGAAAGAUUGGAAGCAGGAAUUACGGAGCUUCUCCCUCACUAUAAUAUUCAUUUCACCAUUCAAGAAAAGGCCAUGUUCCCAUCGGAUGACGAGAAAGAAAACCAAGCCAGAUCAGGACCAUCAGAUAUGAACAUUAUCGGCGGAGCCAAAAUCUUUUCUAACCUCAGCAAUUUCAGACAACAAUGUGAAAUGAAUCCUGCUUAUAACAGUGAAACAAUGUCCUUUUAA